AUGGCAACAGCCAGGCUGACUCUGGUAUGCCUGCUUUGUACGGCUAACUCCCAAAGCCUGGCUUGUGGGAACGAGUCCACGUGCGUUGACUCUAUCAACAAGCUGCAGAUCGUCGGCACGCAGCGUGCGUACCUAGACAGCUACGAGUUGUUAAACCGAUCCCUUUCGGUUUAUCCAACCAGCGCCAGACUCUGGAGCCUCCAAGCAAAGCUGGAGACCUUCUACCUGCUGCAAUGGAGUCUUGCAGGAGACUCCAUCCAGCGGUCCUUAUCUCUGGAAGACACGGCGAACGCGCACAUCUUCCGUGGCUGGCUGUCUGCGACACCUGGUCGCCUUAACAAGACCUCGUCAGAGCAUGACUUCCUCGCAGCACAGCGACUUGCACCAGAAGAUUUCUGGCCACACUUCGAGAUGGCAGCGUGGCUGAGCCACGUGGCCGAUCGCUUUGAGGAUUCCCGCGCGCAGUAUGAAAUCGUGGAGGCCAAGGCUAGCGAGAACUCCUUCCUACAGUUCUUCUUUGGCCUUCUUCUGAAGUACCACAUGCAGGCGCCACAGGAGAUGGAGCGAGGGAAGGAGCUGAUCAAGAAGGCCCUCUGCAAGGCCUCCACCUUACCUGGGCAGGCCGCGGGGAACUUAGCCUUUCAGGCACAGCUCCUGGCAUCAAGGGGUCGAAGCUCUGAGGCCUUGGAAUGUUGCGAAUUUUCUGGGAAAAUCCUGGAUCCCUCGGAAACCAGCAUGCUGGUGGUUUGCAGCAUCAUCAGGCAGCAGGUGUUGGUAGUUUGA